UGCCAUAAUGUUUUGAAUUUUAAAAGGCAUUGAAUACUUAAUAUUGAAAUUUAAACAACACUGAAUUCUCAUCUGAAUAUAUUUCAAUGUAAAAUAAAAUUCAGGUUGCUCAAAUUCGAGCCUAAAAAUUUCGAUCUUAAAUAAUUCAACCAUAAAAAAUUCGACCCUAUCAAAUUCGAUCCGAAAAUUUUCGAGCUGAAAACAUUUGAGCUGAAAAAAUUUGAGCCUAUAAAAUUCGAGCCUAAAAAAUUCGAGCCUAUCAAAUUCGACCCGAAAAAUUCAGAGUUUAAAAAAUUCAGAUUUUUAACAUCCGGGAUAUCAAGGACAGGUAGAGCAAUCGAGCCUCAAUGCAAUCGAACCAACUUCUGACCUAUCAGAGCACAGACCUUCAGUCAAGCACUCCGAGGAAGCGGGAAACCUUCAAGCUCAAGAAAGAAGAGAAGAGGAAAAGAACGAUGGCUACCCGUGACAGCAACCAGGCUUCGGGUAAUCACGCUGAGGUUGUAAAAUCGGUCAGGACCUUAUUGUCUUUACUGACAUCACGAGGUGCAAGCAGUGGUGAUGUCCCUUCUACAAGUCAGGAUAUAAGGGAACAGAGGCAGGGAGGACAGAAUGGGCAGGGAGGACAGAAUGGGCAGUCAGGCCAUCAGUCACAAAGACCUUCAGUUCAAAUUGAAAUGACAAGGUCCUUUCCAGGUAUGUUUACGAAGGCAAAAGGAAAGAGGCGUUUUCCUGCAGUAAAUGUUGUUCCUGCUAAAAGAGCUAAACCACUUCAAGUGGCUUUCCAUCUGUUACCUAAACAAUAUCAAAAAUCUCCCACUGAGCUAGAGCAACUAGUUCACAUGCAGGCAGGGUUGCGUCGCAGGACUGCCCAUUUAGAUGAGAGCACAACACAUGAUGAGUUAUGUGAUACACUCAAGGUUGUAUUUCCACAAUUGGAGACGGUGUCUGGUGGUUGGCUGCUUUACAAAUCAGCAGGAGGAUGGGGUAGCCGCAAACUCUCUCUUGUGACACCUGAUGAUACUGGCUACACAGGCAAAAUAAUUAAGCUUGCAAGCCAGGGGGGUAAAACGACUCUUUUCAUGGCACCAUUUCAAGAAUAACUAAGCACAACUCCUUUGCAACUAACAGACAAUGCAUUCAGUGGCAUG